AUGACGACUGCAAACUGUACCGGGAAUGAGGAGCUCGACUUCAGGCUUAUGUUCGGGGAGGACAGCCCGCAGCAGCCGCUGGCCCCCACAGACAUAGAACCUGACGACAACACUUCAUUCUACGUCCUGAAUGUGGAGCAGCCUCACUCUCUCGUCUCCCACCACCAGACAAUGAACCUGAGUCGUCAUGGCGUGCAUUCUCACUCACAGGUCAUCAGUGCGUCUCCGCGCCUUCAGCUGCACAAACAGGGCUCUAUGCACUCAGGUUUCGAAUCACACCACAAAUAUGGCACAUCUCCUCUGCUGCCGUCUGCCCCGGUGGAGGCUCCCAAAGCCUUUGAAUGUCCCAGCAUCCAAAUCACCUCUAUCUCGCCCAGCUGUCAGCAGGAGAUGGAGGCCAAUGAGGACGACCUGAGGCCCAAUGGUCUGGAUAGGAAUUACCACGGUGACAGGCCCCUGUCCAGAGAUCACCUAUACCUGCCCCUUGACCAUUCGUACCGGGACUCCUCCCUGAGCCCGAGCCCCUGCAGCAGCCUCUCCUCCCGGAGCUGGUUCUCUGAUGCGUCGUCCUGCGAGUCUUUCUCUCAUGUUUACGAUGAUGUGGACUCAGAACUGAAUGAAGCGGCUGCCCGCUUCACGCUGGGCUCUCCGCUGACCUCUCCAGGAUGUGCCUCCCCUCAGGCCGGGGGAGGGCUGUUGGACGAGCAGCCUUCCUGGCAGCACCACCACCCCGCGUUCGUGCAUCACCCCAUUAGCCUGUCGCCCCGUCAGUCGCCCUGCCACUCCCCGCGCACCAGUGUGACUGAUGAGAACUGGCUCAGCCCACGGCCUCCCUCUCGGCCUUCAUCCCGGCCUAACUCUCCCUGUGGAAAGAGGCGCCACUCCAGCGCUGACCUCUGCUAUGGUGGCUCAGUGUCCCCACACCGCUCCCCGACCCCCACACCAGGACCCUCGCCCCGGGGAAGUGUGACUGAGGAUACCUGGCUCAGUGGCUCUUCCAUGGGUCUCACACCCUUCCAGUGCUGCCCAUCUGAGGCAGACAUCCCAUCCAAGACCAGGAAAACGUCCCAGGACCGAACUGCUAUGGUUCAGGGCAAAGGAGACAUAGGCCUGGACGACCCAGGUAGUAUGUCUCCCAGCCUGGACUCUCCGUCCGAGGACAUGGUGCACAGUCUGAAGAAGGAUGGCCCAGGAGAACAGUUCCUUUCAGUGCCCUCACAUUUCUCAUGGAAUAAACCCAAACCAGGACACACACCAAUAUUCAGGACCUCAUCACUGCCCCCUCUAGACUGGCCACUUCCAAACCAGUUUGGCCAGUAUGAACUCAAGAUCGAGGUGCAGCCCAAAGCCCAUCAUCGAGCACAUUAUGAGACUGAAGGCAGUCGAGGAGCUGUGAAAGCAGCCUCUGGUGGCCACCCCAUAGUAAAGCUCAUGGGAUAUAGUGAGAAGCCUAUCAACCUGCAAAUGUUCAUUGGCACAGCAGACGAUCGCUACUUGAGACCCCAUGCCUUCUAUCAGGUCCACCGGAUAACAGGGAAAACUGUGGCCACAGCAAGUCAAGAAAUCAUUGUGUCCAGCACCAAAGUUCUAGAAAUUCCUCUAUUGCCUGAAAAUAACAUGUCAGCCAGUAUUGACUGUGCUGGCAUCCUGAAGCUGCGGAACUCUGACAUUGAACUGCGCAAAGGAGAGACGGACAUAGGACGAAAGAACACACGAGUACGUGUGGUGUUCAGGGUUCACAUCCCUCAGGCCAACGGGAAGGUGCUCUCGCUGCAGGCGGCUUCCAUCCCUGUUGAAUGUUCCCAACGGUCGGCUCAAGAGCUACCCCAGGUGGAGAAGUCCAGCCUGACCAGCUGUCUGGUCAGCGGGGGAGAGGAGAUGGUCAUCACUGGCUCUAACUUCUUUCCAGAGUCCAAGGUCAUCUUCCUGGAGAAGGGCCCCGAUGGGAGACCACAAUGGGAAGUGGAAGCAAAAAUUAUUUGUGAGAAAAACCAAGGGUCAUGCAUACUGGUGGAGGUUCCUCCAUAUCACAGCAAGUCUGUGAGCUCUGCCGUACAGCUGCAGUUCUACGUCUGUAAUGGCAAAAGGAAAAGAAGCCAAUCGCAGCGGUUCACGUACCUUCCAGUGUUGGUCAAACAGGAACAUCGAGAGGACUUGGAGCAUCCUACUGCGGCCCCUCUGACCAUGCCCCUGGCACAUGGUGCCACUCUGGUGCGCACACAGCUGCCCUCUCCUGAGCACGGCCCCCCACAGGACAACCUUCUGUCCAACUCGCCUCAUGGUCUGGCUGCAGGCUCUGGUUCAGGCCUGCUUAUCCCACACCCCCCUUGCCCCCCACUGGGCUCCCCUUCUUUCCAACACCUGCCUCACCUCCAGGGCCACAGUUUGCAGCAGCCGCCCACAGACUGCCACAUGUCGUUCCAACACAGCCCUGCACAUAGUCCUCUUCCUGCCCCGCCACGACCGUCCUAUGGACCUCUGCACGCUCAUGCCCCCAGCCUGGCAUUCAACGGACUGCCCAGUUUGAGUGCGCAGGGCUAUGAGCAGAGCUUUCAGCAGAGCACUAACUCAGCAGGUCUCGGAAUGGGGUUCUCCUCAUCCUCAUGCCCUUCGCCCUCGGCCCCGCCCUCUUCAUCGCCUCUCGCUGGUUCUCCUCAAAGUCCAUCUCUUCUGGGCCUUCAUGCCCUGGGGGGCUACCACUGUGGCCCAAACUCCACACAGGCGUCCUCCCCCACUGCCCACCCGCUCCUCGGACAACACUCGUCCCCACUACAACGACCCAUGUCAUACCACCCUGUAGGGCAUGAGGCCGUAAGAUCAGCCUCAUGCCCCACACCUUGCAGUGCGCCUCCUCUGAGGAUGGUCUCCUCCCCACACUCAGGCCCCUCAUCGCCCCCGCUACACUCUGUUCCGUACCAGUCCCCCUCCUCGUCCUCUCCCACGUCUGGGGGCAGUCCUCUGGGACCUCUGCAGCAGAAUUCAGGACAUUCUCCUCAGACCAGCAGCCCUGUGAUGACCACCCUGUCCCCCCCAACGGGGCCUUUGGGGCAGUACCCUUCAGAGGCUGACAGACAGAACAUUAAAGAGGAGCCAGAAGACAGAGAACCCGCCUUCCGCACCAUUGGCCUUCAGGACAUAACUCUGGACGAUGUGAAUGAAAUCAUCGGCAGAGAUAUGUCCCAACGUCCUGCUGCUGCACACAACCAGUCGUAA